AUGUCGGAGUCGAGUCCCCUUCUCCGCGAGGACUCGGAGGGACACCGCUCUCUCCAGAGCCGUAUCGUCAACAUCUUCCGCACCCCGGGCAACCGGACGGCCUCCCCAGGACCUAAUUCCAGUGACGAUGGACGGGGAACACCGGGUCUUGGAAUCACCACCACGAGCGAGCCAGACGCAAGAACCCGGCUACUAGAGUCUUAUCAUCAGGCGGACCCGAUAUGCGGUGAACGACGCUGUAGCCAUGGCACCUUCUCUCCCCGGCCAGAAGAUGCAGAGAGACAUGGGUACUCGGUACCAUCCAGCGUUCACUUUGGAUACAAUGGCGAUGAGGAAACGGGGGCGACGCCGAGUCACUCCCACGGCGGAGAAGACCACCCAGGAUCUCGGCCGGACUCCGAAUAUACCUCGCAAAUGAAGUCGUCUCUUUCGGCUCUAUCAAUGAACGAGGAUAAGAAAUUGUACAUAUCAUAUUAUAUCCCAUUCUUCAACUGGAUCAGCCAAUAUCGAUGGUCCUUCCUUCGCGGAGACUUGGUCGCCGCACUGACUAUAUCGUCCAUCUAUAUCCCAAUGGCUUUGUCAUUGGCCUCAAACCUUGCCCAUGCGCCUCCCGUCAACGGUCUCUAUUCUUUCGUGAUUCAUCCUUUCGUCUAUGCGAUCCUCGGAAGCUGCCCAUUAUUGGUGGUCGGACCAGAGGCGGCCGGGUCAUUGCUGACCGGUGCCAUUGUCAAGUCCAGUAUGCCAAGUGGGAGCUCGAAAGAUGAUGAUCUCAUGGAAAGUGCUAUCAUCAUUGGAAUCUCCACUGCCAUGGCUGGGACUAUGAUCUUAGUUGCGGGUAUCACUCGACUUGGCUUCCUGGAUAAUGUGCUGAGCCGGCCUUUCCUCAGAGGCUUCAUCACGGCUAUUGGCUUUGUCAUCUUCGUGGACCAGUUGAUCCCGGAAUUGGGGCUUGCUGGAUUAGCCAAGGAUGCUGGAGCCAGUCAUGGUACCACUGUUGAAAAGCUGACAUUCAUUAUUCGCAAUGCCGGGAGUAGCCACGGACUCACGGCGAUAGUCUCGCUUGUCAGCUUUUCUAUUAUCAUGUUCUUCCGGACGCUGAAAAAGUGGAUGAUGCCUCAUUUCCCUCAAGUGAUAUAUUUCCCAGACCGUUUUAUUAUCGUCGUUUUGUCAGCCGUCCUGGCCUAUACCCUCAACUGGGAGGACAAGGGACUCGAACUUCUUGGAAACACCGAGAUCACCUCCAGCCAGCUGUUUGCCUUUAAUUGGCCAUUCCGAUUCAGCCACAUGAAACACAUCCGUACGGCAAUGAGCAAGGCCUUUAUCAUUACUCUCUUGGGCUUCUUUGAGUCCUCUGUCGCAGCCAAGGGGCUAGGUGAUAGCAAGCCCGAUGGUAUCCAGGGCAUGCACAUGAGUGCGAACAGGGAAAUGGUAGCGCUGGGCGUGGCCAACCUGCUUGGUGGUUGCUUCAUGUCUCUCCCGGCAUUCGGUGGAUAUGGCCGAAGCAAGGUCAACGCUCAGACUGGUGCACGCACUCCAAUGAGCAGCAUCUUCCUCAGUCUGAUCACCCUCGUUGCCAUCCUGGUGCUACUACCAUACCUUUCAUACCUUCCGAAAGCGGUCCUCUCCUCCAUGAUCUCCGUCGUCGCCUACACCCUUGUCGAAGAAUGUCCCCACGACGUAAUCUUCUUCCUCCGCCUCCGCGGCUGGACAGAACUAGUCCUCAUGCUCCUCAUCUUCACCACAACAAUCUUCUACUCCCUAGAACUCGGCAUGGCCAUGGGCAUCGGCCUCUCCGUCAUAAUCCUCAUCCGCCACGCUACCCAACCCCGAAUUCAAAUCCUCGGCAAGGUCCCUGGCACAAACACCCGCUUCGAGAAUGCCGAACUGCAACGCGAAAACGUCGAACUCAUCGAAGGCGCUUUGAUCGUCAAGAUUCCCGAGCCUCUCACUUUCGCCAAUACGGGCGAUCUGAAGAACCGACUCCGUCGGUUGGAGCUUUAUGGAUCUAGCCGGACGCACCCGUCUCGUCCGCGUAUGCGUCCUGCGGAGUAUAACAAGAAUAUUAUAUUCGAUGUGCACGGCGUAACGAGCAUCGAUGGUUCCGGAACGCAGGUCCUCUAUGAGAUCGUGCAGGCGUAUGUGGAGACUGGGGUGAGAGUUUUCUUUUGCCGUGUGCCCAACGCCAACGUGUUCCGGAUGUUUGAGCGAAGUGGAAUUGUGGAACAGUGUGGUGGUCUCACCCAUUUUGUGCCUCACGUUGAUGAGGCGCUGCGGUUGGCUGAGACCGAGGAACAGAGCGAAAUUUGA